UUCAUUCCAUUCCAUUGCUAAUUUCUCCUUCAAGAAGAGUAUCGGAAAAGAAAGAUAACUCUGGGUGUGCGCCGUGUUUGACCUCAAAGAUGUUUUCUCAGAUGCUGUUUAAAUUCCACAGCAUGAAGAUACUGGGACUUUCAGAGAAACUAUUUUCCAGAGGAUACAGUACUUUGAAUUCCACAAAAAGCAGCGUGCAAUCAGUGUUGUUUAACCAAAAAUGCUGUUCAGACAAUGUUCACCUGGGUCCAGUCAAGAGCAUGAAUUAUAUUGAAAAUUCAGUUCUUAAUAAAGGUUUUCAUACAUCAUCUCAGUCAAGAGCCAAUUAUCGAGUGUAUUACAGACCAAGCGCAUUAAAACGUAUGCGAAAACAUGGCUUAGAGAAAAGACUCAGUCAACCAAGUCAGCGUGAAAUUUUGUUCAGAAGAAUAUUGAAAGGCCGGAAAAAUAUGACAACAUUUGACAGAUUCAUGAAUGAUUUACCUGAUCAUUUUCUAAAACCAAAAGGAAAGAGAGUUGAAUUGACUGAUCCAAAAAGAGGCUACAAGUCAAUAAUUAAAAAGAAGGAUAAGUUUAUAUUCAAAGAAAUAUGAAGUGUUCCUAGAGAUUUUUAUAUAGAAAUAACUUUACUUGCUUGUAUUGAACCAAAGCUAAUGAUAUAGUUUCUAAACUAAAUUCAUAAUUUUCAAAGAACAAGUUAUAAGGAAUAUAGUGAUUUCUUGCAUUUUUUUUACGUUGUCUGUUACAAAUGAUAAAUGUUUUGGUAAAUCAUUGAAAAUUAACUUACUUGCUUUAGUUUCUACAAGUAUUUAAAAAUAUCAUAUUUCAGCCUUCCAGAGGACAAUAUGCAGAAUGAUGACAACAUAUACAUGUUUAAUGUAAUAUCAAAACAACAACUGUUGUUAUAGUAUUCUAUUUGCUCAUAUGUUUAAUAAAAAAAGUUAGAUCAAUUUAAUGUAACAUAGAAA